AGUUUUCAAAAUGAAUGGUUCCAGACCCAAGCAAAAAGCUGCAGUUGAGACAUUCCUAUCCUUUCCAUAAACUGUUCAUGAAGGAUGGUCAACCUCUCUCAACUCUAUAUGUGCUGUGGGCCUGUAAACCAUUCCUCCUGGGGAAAAAGUUAAUUCUCCAAAGACUUUGUUUUGCACAGGCUGCAUGUGAAAGGUUAGCCUGUGUUGGUCCAUGAUCAAUAAAGAAGGAUUUCCAUAAUGCUUUCAGCCAGAUUGAUCCAAAGUGCCAGGAUUCAGAAGUCAGUUCCGAAGCAGCCCAAAGACCUCUGAGCUGCUGGAGGGCCCGUGCGAUGCGGUGAUGUCCCUUGCUUUGCUGAGAUCAUUUCUGAUACUGUGGAAGCAGCUGGAAGUGCUAAAGGAGCACUGGGGCCGACUCAAGCUGCAAGGCCAGGAUAUCAACUCUCUCUCUCUCCACAAACGGUUUUCAGAGCUCUAUGAAACUGACGUUCUCUACCCCAGCAUGAAAGCUAUAGCCAGGCAGAUGGGGAAAGAAGAUGAAUUUGAAGGAUUUAUAGUAAAUAAUCAGUCUGUUCUUCCCCCCAGUGGAGCCUCAGAAGUUGAAAUAAAAACUCACCAGCUUCAAAAACUUCUGGAAAAUUGUGAAAUUCAAAUGAUCCAAGAGGUACUAAGAAAAGUUAACAGAGAGAUGACACUGGUUUUAUCAGAAAAGUGCAAGGAGGAGUCUUCUCUCCCUACAGAUCUCUGGAAACACCAAGUCAUGAAAGAAAACUUUUCAGUCUCAAGACCACAAAUAGUUAAAAAAUUUAUACAGAGAUUAAUGCAGAAUUAUCAGGAUGAUGGAGUAGAGACCACUUUCAGGAAAGAUCACCUUGAGGCCUGCCUCCUUUCCCUGGGUUGUGAUGUGAUGGCAAGAGAACGCAGCAACUUUGAGACCUACUCCAUGUGCUAUGAGCAUGUGUUGCAUCAUGCUAGGCAGAGGCUCAGCCAGAAAGAGCAAGAAUUAGAUGCUACACAAAGAGGCCGGGGUCCACCUGAAGACAGUGCUGGCCAGAUUGCAGAGCUCAGUCAUGAUAUGAUCAUGGAAAUCACCACUCUGAGAGCCCAACUCACAGACUUGGAAGAGGUGAAUCUGAAUCUCAAGAAGCAGAUUAGAAAAGAAGUCCAAGAAGAAUAUGAAGCAUUAGUCCGAGCUUUGUUUGAGACCUGUUUACACAUAAAAGAGAAGCUGGAUGAGAAUCAGCUUAAUUUGAUCCAGAAAGUGUGUGAGCUCAUCGGUGAAGUGAGAACAGAAGGGAUUGACAAUAUGAAGGGCCUAAAGAAAAAAUGGUGCUCUGCCAGCCCCGAUGAAGGAAUGAAAGAAAACCCAGCCAAACAGGAACAGCUGUGGGCCUUGGAGCAGGACAACUGCAGCCUGGCCAACUUGGUGUGCAAAGUGAGGAGCCUGGGCCGCUGGAGGCUGGCUGUGCAGCAGGCGCGCUUCCAGGCCCAGCUGAGCAGGGCAGAGAAGGAAUCUAUUCAAAGUAAAAAAGAGUAUUUGCGCAUCAAGCUGAUGGCAGAGCGAGAAGUGGAUUUAUUUCGUCAGCAGGUCCUGGCUCUCAGGCAGGCCCUGGCCAGGGCACAGGCUGACAGCGCGAGGAUGUGCAAGCAGCAGGACAGCCAGGCUCAACUGCUGAAGGAGUUCGAACAUAGAGUGACCCAGGAAGCUCUUACCCAGCAGCAGCUGCAUUUUAUGAAAACAUCCAGGAUGGAGAAGCUCUUGGAAGAUGUGGGGCAAAAAGAACAGCAACUGCAGCUCCUUAGCAAAGAGGCUGAGAGGGCUUCUAAGCUGGGCCAACUGCAGCAAAAAAUGAAGAGGGACCUCCACCAGAUGAGAAGCCGGCUUGCCCAGGAGCGCAGUGUGAAGCUGGAUGCUCUCCAGCGUGUAGAGGAGCUGCAGGGUCAGCUUCACGAUGCCCAGCGGUCAGCUGUCCCCACGGGCUCGUCAGGCGACCUUAUAUCCCAGGCUCAAUACUCCCCAACUUCUGCUUCCACAUCAUCCAGAUACUCCCAGCAACGCUUUUUAAAGACUAAUCUCAAAGGCAGUAAAAUAACAAGAUGGAUUCAAAGGCCACAGACUGUACCUAUUAAACACAAAAAAAGAAUUGACGAUGUUUUCCUACCCAAUAUGGCAGAAAAUGUUCAACUGACAGCUUUUCAGGUUCAAACAGCUCCAUCCAGAUUCCCAUUUAGAGCUGACUGGUGAUAUCUUCUUUUUCCAACCUUUAUUUCUAUGAGUAUUUGAAUAAAUAAAAAUGACUCCAAAUGCCAUUAAAUCUCUUAU